AUGUCUCUUUCCAGCAAACUGACCUUGGACAAGGUGGACCUGAGAAGGGUCAUCAUGAGGGUGGAUUUUAAUGUUCCCAUGAAGAACAAAGAAAUAACCAACAACCAGAGAAUCAAGGCUGCUGUUCCUAACAUCAAUUACUGCUUGGACAAUGGAGCCAAGUCUGUUGUUCUGAUGAACCACUUAGGCCAACCUGAUGGUAUCCCCAUGCCUGAGAAAUACUCCUUGCAGCCUGUGGCUACAGAACUCAAAUCUUUGCUGGGCAAAGAUGUUCUGUUUCUGAAGGACUGUGUGGAUCCAGAAGUGGAGAAAGCAUGUGCCGACCCACCUAACGAUUCUGUCAUUUUGCUGGAGAAUCUCCACUUCCAUGUAGAAGAAGAAGAAAAAGGCCAAGAUGUUUCUGGGAACAAGAACAAAGCUGAGCCAGCUGAAGUAGAAGCCUUCCAAGUGCCUCUCUCCAAGCUGGGAGAUGUCUAUAUCAAUGAUGCUCUUGGGAUUGCUCACCGUGCCCACAGUUCCAUGGUAGGAGUGAAUCUGCCCCAGAAGGCAUGUGCUUUCCUCAUAAAAAAGGAACUGCCUUGCUUUGCCAAGGCCCUGGAGAGCCCAGAGAGACCCUUCCUGGCCAUCUUGGGCAGAGCUAAAGUUGCCGACAAGAUCCAGUUGAUCAACAAUAUGCUAGACAAAGUCAAUGAGAUGAUCAUUGGUGGUGGGAUGGGUUUCACCUUCCUCGAGGUGCUAAACAACAUGGAGAUUGGAAUUUCUCUUUUUGAUGAAGAAGGGGCCAAGAAUGUCAAAGACUUGAUGGCCAAGGCUGAGAAGAAUGGUGUCAAGAUCACUUUGCCUGUUGACUCUGUCACAACGGACAGGUUUGAUGAAAAUGCCAAGACUGUCCAAGCCACAUUGGCCUCUGGCAUCCCAGAUGUAUGGAUGAGUUUGGACUGUGACCCUGAGAGCAGCAAGAACUACACAGAAGCUGUAGCCCAGGACAAACAGAUUGUAUGGAAUGGACCUGUUGGAGUAUUUGAGUGGGAAGCCUCUGCGGGAACCAAAGGGCUAAUGAACAAUAUGGUGGAAGCCACCAAGAGGGGCUGCAUCACCAUCAUAGGUGGUGGGGACACUGCCACUUGCUGUGCCAAAUGGAACACUGAGGACAAAGUCAGCCCUGUUAGCACUGGGGGCGGUGCCAGCCUUGAGCUGCUGGAGGACAGAGUCCUACCCUGA